AUGAAUACUGUGAAAGACGCUAUUAACACGUUACUUGGUCGCAAACCUUCUGGACCGAAAGUUCGAUAUGGUGUUGUAGCUGCUGGAUGGAUCAGUCAAAGUUCAUUUAUGCCAGGAGUGGGACAAACAUCGAAUUCAGUAUUAACUGUACUAAUUAGUGAUGAUGCAGAAAAACGUGACAAACUAGGCAAAGAGUAUAAUUUGAAAUCAUAUAGUUAUGAUCAAUUUUCGCAAGCACUUGAAGAUGGUCAUUGUGAUGCAUUUUAUAUUGCUACACCAAACAAUCAACAUCGACAAUUUGCUGUUCAAGCUCUUGAAAAAGGUUUCUAUAAACUUGUUUUAUAUCAUAUUUGUUUAUCGUAUAGAUUAUUAGGUUAUCAUGUAUUACUUGAAAAACCAAUGGAGGUUACAGAAGAAAAUUGUGAAGCUAUAUUAGCUGCUCAAAAAAAAACUGGUGCUAAAUUAAUGAUUGCUUAUCGUCUUCAUCAUGAACCAGGAACACUUGAUGUUAUUGAUCGUGUUCGAAAAGGAGAUUUUGGUGAUCUUCGUAUAUUUUCAUCAGUUUUUACUCAACUUGUGAAACCUGAAAAUCAUCGUGCUAAACAAGGUUUUGAUGCUGGUCCGAUUCCAGACAUGGGUCCGUAUCCAAUUAAUGCUGCUCGAAAUAUUUUUGGUAUGGAACCGAUUGAAGUAACUGCUAUUGGAUUUAAAACUCCUGGACGUGAAUUUUUGCAAAUGGAAUAUGAUACAAUUAAUGUAACACUUCGAUUUCCUGGUGAACGUAUGGCUCAAUUUGUUGUUGGUUAUUCUGCAGCCAAUACUAAUUGUUACAAAGUUGUUGGUACCAAAGGUGAUAUUGAAGUAAAUCCUGCUUUUGCGUGGGGUCAUGGUAUGAAUAUUGCUUAUAAAACAAAAAUUGAUGGCAAAGAAGAUUCAAAAUGUUUUCCAGAAACAGAUCAUUUCGGUGGUCAAACAGAAUAUUUUUCUGAAUGUAUUUUACAGAAUAGUGAUCCAGAAGCUGAUGGUGAAGAAGGUUUACUUGAUGUACGAGUAAUUGUUGCAAUAAAAAAAUCACUCGAAGAAAAUGGAAAAACCAUUAAACUUGAAGCACGCGAUCGUAAAAAGCGACCAACAUUAGAUCAAGCAAAAAAGUUACCGUUAGCUACAGGACCAAAAAAUUUUAUUGGUCGAGAUUCACAACCGCCGUCUACAGGCUAA